AUGUCGCCGGAUGGCACGGCCGAAGACGCCCGCAUCAAGGACCGCGACGUGAGCGAAGAUGACGUCCAACUAAUCGGUGUCUGUUCGAAUUCAGAAGAUUCUACGCACGGCGCCGCCACGGACAAGGCUGCUGGAGAGGCUGGAGAGCGGAGGCACAAGGCAGUGAAGGAGGCUGGGCCUCGCAACGCCCAGACCUGA